UGGAGAACAUAACAUACAUUUUAAGAAGAACAUAUCAGAGGGUCUGUGCUUUUAUCUUGAAGAAAAGUGAGAAUUGCGUUGUUUGAUUCCGACUUUUUCCCUUUAUCCGAAUUCGGUCUGAUCUUUCAAAAAAUUCUUUCAGGAUUUGAUCUUCGGCUGCCCUUUUUAUACUUAUUUUGCUGGCUCCUUCUGCCCAAGAAAAAAUUGAAUUCUCUGCACUGUUAUUGUAUCAGAAUGAUUAGGCUUUUUAAGGAAAAGGAAAAGCAGAGAGAAGCACGAAAUACUGCCAUUGGAAGAGCACCAAUCAAAAAGCAAAGUCCUGCUGAACUGCGGUUGCAAAAAGAUAUCAGUGAGUUAAACCUUACCAAGAAUACCAACAUAUCUUUUCCAAAUGGAAAAAAUGAUCUUAUGAACUUCGAAAUCAAGCAUCAACCUGAAGAAGGAUACUAUCAAGCUGGCACCUUUGUGUUCACUUUUCAGGUGCCUCCUAGUUACCCACAUGAGCCUGCAAAGGUGAAAUGCAAGACAAAGGUUUACCACCCGAAUAUUGAUUUGGAAGGCAAUGUGUGCCUUAAUAUUCUCCGUGAAGACUGGAAACCUGUACUCAAUAUCAACACCAUCAUUUAUGGGUUGUAUCAUCUUUUUACGCAACCAAAUCAUGAAGAUCCUCUUAACCAUGAAGCUGCAGCGGUAUUGAGAGAGAGUCCAAAGACAUUUGAAGCAAACGUAAGAAGAGCCAUGUCAGGAGGUUAUGUAGGAUCCACCUAUUUCCCAAGGUGCAUAUGAUACCUGUUAUGCAUACUGGUCCAAUCUUUAUAUUGUAACUUCGAAAACUGGAUUUCACUCCUGUGAUUUUUGGGAGCUAGAUAAAUGCAGCAUUGGCUCCAAUCACUGUCAUCUUUUAUCUUCAUUUUAGCUGAAUUUGGAAUGAGAGAAAUGUCCACAAAAGUGUGUUUAUCUAUGCUUUUGUUUAUCUGAUCUAUUAAAGAAAUUGUCAGGAUAUUACAUAUGACCAAGCAAGAGCAAGCUUGAUUAAAACAAUUUUUUUGUGCAUACGAGAAUGUAGUGUUGAGCUGUAUAAUCCUAAUCAUUGCUUAUGACAAACAGAAUCUUAUGUAAAAGAGGUUAUGGAGCUUAGCUGGUUAGUCCAA